CGGAACUCCUUGCUUAUUCUCCAGAUCCAAUGGUGCCUCUCUUCUUAACAAUGGCACCUAGCAGGGCAUUCAGCAAUGCUUUGCGAAGCCAGAGAACGUGCGUACAAGCCACCUCCACACCGUCGCUCGCUCGGCGGAGAUGCCUCGCUUCAGUUUCCUCAUCGGCUGCCUCGCCGGGGAAGAUAGCACCGUUGGAGGGAAUCCGUGUGCUUGAUAUGACCAGAGUCUUGGCUGGACCGUACUGUACACAGAUAUUAGGAGAUCUAGGGGCGGAAGUGAUCAAAAUCGAGCAUCCGACUCGUGGAGAUGACACCCGAGCUUGGGGACCACCUUUCGCCAAGUACAAAGCAGGAGCCACAGCGAAAGGAGGCGGAGCAGGAGAGAGCGCAUAUUUCAUUGGUGUCAACCGCAACAAGAAAUCCGUCGGCCUCUCAUUCCAACAUCCAGACGGCGUCAAAAUCCUACAUGAACUAGCAAAGACGUCGGAUGUGCUUGUGGAGAACUACAUCCCAGGCGCACUAAAGAAAUAUCAAUUAGACUAUGAAUCACUUCGUAAGAUCAAUCCUCGCCUAAUUUACGCCUCGAUAACCGGCUAUGGCCAGACCGGUCCCUACAGCUCCCGCGCAGGCUACGACGUUAUGGUCGAAGCCGAAAUGGGCCUCAUGCACAUCACUGGCGAACGCGGUGGGUCGCCCGUCAAAGUCGGCGUCGCCGUCACCGACCUCACAACCGGCCUAUACACAUGCAAUGCGGUCAUGGCAUCCUUACUCGCGCGCCAGAAGACGAAUCACGGCCAGCAUCUCGACGUGGCCCUGUCGGACUGCCAGGUCGCCACGCUCGCCAACAUCGCCAGCAGCGUGCUGAUCAGUGGGGAGCGCGAUGGCGGCCGCUGGGGCACGGCGCAUCCGUCCAUCGUGCCGUACAAGGGAUUCAAGACGUCAGAUGGCGAUAUCAUGCUCGGAGGCGGGAACGAUCGCUUGUUCGGCGUUAUUUGCGACAAGAUCGGGCGGCCCGAGUGGAAAAGUGACCCGCGGUUCGUCACGAACGAUGUGCGCGUCAAGAACCGAGAGAUUCUCGAGAACAUGAUCGAGGAAAUCACCGUCCUGAAGACGACCAAGGAAUGGCUGGACGUCUUGGAGGGUAGCGGCAUGCCGUAUGCGGCCAUCAACGAUGUCAAAGAUACUUUGGAGCACGAGCAUGUUCGGGCUCGAGGCAUGGUCACACAGGUUGAGCACGAAGCGUGUGGGAGUAUGAAGCUUGUCAGUCCGCCGGUCAAGUACUCAGAGAGCAAGACCGGCGUGAGGAUGCCGCCGCCGACACUGGGCCAGCAUACUGAUCAUGUGCUCAAGGAGGUGUUGGGGAUGGGUGGAGAGGAGGUUGAGAAGUUGAGGACGUCGGGAGUCGUCGCUUGAUGUUGCUGAGUUGCAAAGACAUCAAGGCUCACCAGUGCCUAAUAGCCUUUUCUUUCUAAAAGAAAAAAGUACAAAGGAAGGCUGUCACAGUUGAUAGCACUAACAACGGCUUGCAUUCA